AUGGAUUCGAUCAUGCUUCCCUCCCAGGGGGAGUUGUUCCAGCGCUGGAUCGGUAAGGACAUCGCAGACGUGCCCAAGCCCGCCGCCGUGCUCGACAGGGCCAUCAUCCGGCGGCAUUGCAAUCGAAUGAAGAAGACAGUGCAAGCCCUAGGCGUCGGCUUCAGGGCCCAUGUCAAAACACACAAGACCUUCCAAAUCGCCAAGAUGCAGAUGGACAACGGCGACCCCGAGACGAAAUUCAUCGCGUCAACGCUUCUAGAGAUUGAAAUGCUGCAUCCGCUCCUGAAGGGAGCCAAAGCUGCACAUCACCCCGCCAACGUCCUCUACGGCAUCCCGCUCGUGCCCUCGCACGUCCCGCGGCUGGCGGAGCUAGCUGCCGACAUCGGUGAAGACAGUAUCUCGGUGAUGAUCGACCACCCAGACCAAAUCCCGUAUCUAAGACAAUUCUUCGAAGUAACCAACUUCCCGGCUUGUGUCUUUGUCAAGGUCGACACGGGGUACCACCGCGCGGGCCUGCCCCCGGCCUCGCUGAACAAGAACGGGCUGCUGGAAAAGCUGGCGGAUGCAGAGGUGGAGGGUUGGGUGCGCCUGCUGGGUCUAUACUCCCACAGUAGUCUGAGCUAUGGCGCCAAGACGGCAGAUGAGGCUAUGGUGCACUUGAUCGGCGAAAUUCACGGUUGCAAGGUCGCGCUGAAUCGGUGGCUGCCUCUCCUGCCCAAGGGCAGGGAGUUGGUUAUCAGCGUCGGCGCGACGCCGCAGGUGUCGUGCUCGCAUGACUUGGUGCAGAAUGGGAGCGCUUCGCCCGAGGCAGAAGAGCUCAAAGCCUUGCUGCGCAAUCCGUGCCCCGAGAAUACAGAGGUCAGGGUCAAGAUCGAGCUUCAUGCUGGGAACUACCCUAUCCUGGAUAUGCAGCAGGUGUCCACGAACGCCAGGAGUGGCGCCGGCAAAUUCGAAGAUGAGAUCGCCAUGACUGUCGUCGCAGAGGUGUGCAGCGUCUAUAAUGACAGCGAGCGGGAGAAACCAGAGGCUCUCAUUGCGGCGGGGACCCUCGCACUGGGCCGGGAGCCCUGUGCGAACUACCCUGGCUGGGGCGUGCUCUCUUCCUGGCGGCGCGGUGAUGACCCAGGCGCGCCACGACUGAUUGUUGACCGCAUCAGUCAGGAACAUGGCAUCGUUGCUUGGGAAUCGGGGGUCCAGAGGAGCAUUCCGCUGAGUGUCGGACAAGUGGUCAAGGUAUUCCCAAAUCAUUCGUGUGUGGCGGCUGCGUUUUUUGGGUGGUAUUUUGUGGUGGACUCGGAGCGGGAUCAGGAUGGUUCCCAGAUUGUUGAUGUUUGGGUCAGAGGACGGGGUUCAGAUCUCACUGAUCCGUUUUUGAUGACGAGAUUCCAGUAG